GCGGCUGGAGAGCGAGGCCCGAUGCGGCAGGGGCUGCGCGGCGCCUCGGAGCAGCCCUGAGGAAGCGGCCCGCGCUCACGCGUCUCCCGGCGCCUCGAGCGCUCGCUCGUCUCAGCCCCAGCCUGGGCCUGCCGGGGGACAUGAGCGCGCCGGAGACGCCGGGGGAGAUGGAGCGGGCCGCGGAGGAGGAGCGGCCGCCACCGACGGCCGGGGACGGGAUCGAGGAGGAGGCGGCGGCGGCGGCGGCGGCCCGGGCCUCGGGGCUGGACCGCAGGAGGAGCGUCUCCUCGUUGGACGGCGAGGAGGAAGAGGUGGCGGAGGCGACGGUGGUCGCGGGCGGUGGCUGCAGGGAGCAGGACCUGACCUACGAGCUGCAGCAGGGCUACCGCAUCCUGGGCGAGUUCCUGCAGGAGAAGCACCGCGGCCUCACCGCCCCUUUCCUGCAGCCCUUGGGGGGCGUUGCCGCCGGGGAAGAAGAGGUGGCCGAAGGGCGGCGCAACGGGGGCCGGGGCAGUCGCGUCCUCCCGCAGCAACCUGGCCAGGGCAUGUGUCUGUUGAAGAUGGAGGAGAAGUUCUCCAGCGGCCAGUACGGGGGCAUCACCGAGUUUGUGGCGGACUUCAGGUUGAUGCUGGAGACGUGCUACCGCCUGCAUGGAGUCGACCACUGGAUCUCCAAACAGGGCCAGAAACUGGAGAUGCUGCUGGAGCAGAAGUUGGCGCUUCUCUCUAGGCACUUGAGAGAAAAGACAACGAUAGCAGUUACAUCUAGAGGCUAUUAUGGAUUGGAGGAGGAGAAGGGAACUGCAUGUCCUUCAACAAGGCGCCGGUCAACACCUCGAAGUUUGGCAGGUUUGACAAAUGGAGUUUUUGAGUCUAUAAUGGUUCAAGUUUUGAGACAGGAAGAACAGCUGAGAGCAAAAGAAGAAAAAAGGCUUCGGGAGCAAGAAAAAAAAGAAGCAGAAGAAGCUUGCCAAAAGGAAGUAGAAGAGUGGGAAAGAAAACUCCUUGCUCAAGCAGCUCCAGCCUGUAUGGAGAACAUGUGGGAAAUUCCAGCCAUUGGGCAUUUCCUUUGUUUAGCCCAGCAGAUUCUAAACUUGCCAGAAAUUGUCUUUUAUGAACUGGAACGCUGUCUUCUGAUGCCUCAGUGUAAUGCCUUUCUGUCUAAAAUAAUGACUUCUUUGCUAAGUCCUCCCCACCGCAGGCCGACCUUACAUCGAAGACCUACUUUGCCUUACAGGACUUGGGAGGCAGCAUUGAGACAGAAAGUACAGCAGUGGUACACUGCUGUAGGGCAGACGGAAAAUCCUGAUAACUGCGCUGAAAAACUUGGCUUGUGUCCUCAGUUCUUUAAGGUUCUUGGAGAAGUUAACCCAUUGGAAGAAAAACCUUUUCAUGAGCUACCUUUCUACCAAAAGGUGUGGUUACUUAAAGGGCUCUGUGACUUUGUGUAUGAAACACAGAAAGAAGUUCAGGAUGCUGUGCUUGGGCAGCCCAUCCAUGAGUGUAGGGAAGUCAUCCUUGGCUAUGACUACCUGGAGAACGCUUAUGUGCACUUUCCGCAGUUCUGCGGUGCAGAUGUACGGAUUUAUAAACAAAGGCCCUUUCAGGCCCCAGAAUUUCCAGUUCCACCCAUUAAAGUAAAAAGAGUACCUCGAAUUAAACUGGAGAAAUUAAAGUGUGACUAUUUGAGUACAAGUAAUGGAGAUCACAGAUGUAAUAGAGAAAGUCUGACCUUGGCCUUAAAGAAAGAGCAGGAAAUUGAUUUUGGUCCAGCCCGUUGUCCUGCUAAAAUGAACUUUGAUAAUCAUGACAUCUCUGUUGAAAUGGAAGUAAAAUCUAACUGUGACAUUAAAGUACACAGGCCCUGUGAAAUUGAAAAAACUGAUUGUUGUAAAGAAAAUUUGGAGAAGCCCAGAAGUCCAGGAGAAGUUACUGGCUUUGGAGAGCCACUCAGUCCAGGUGAAAUAAGGUUUAUAGAAAAUCAGGAAAAAUAUGGUGAAGCUUCCAGAAUAAAGACAGAUCCCAGUCCACUAAAAGAAAAUGCUCUGAAAUCUUGCCAGAUCCAUAUAAAUGGGAGUCACGUUGAUCAUCAAGAUAUUAACUGCCACAAAGUUGUAAGAGAUCUAUUAUUAGAGCACUCCUUGCAGAGCCACAAAAAACUAAAACUAACAAAAAUGAGGGCAAAAAAGAAGAAAAAGAAAAAAAAGAAACUGAAAGAUGUUUUGAAUGAAAAUUUACAAAGAAAGCGUGAAGGUCUUCAUUCUCUUGCCUUCAAGUCUUACAAACCUGAGAUCCAAAAUAAGUUAUUGAUCAUUAAAAAGAAAGGAAAACACAAGAAGCACAAAUCUGGAAAAAAAUCCAUAUCUAAAAAAGCAAUCACAAAGAAGAGGAAAACUGUCACAAAGUCACCUGCUGUGCCGGAGUUUCAGCUUAUUUGCACUAAUCUUGAUGAACUCAGGGAAUUAAUCUCAAAAAUCGAGAAUGAACUCAAAGAUCUGGAAAACAGUAGAAAAAAAUCGGGCAAAUGGUACCAUCGGAGGCAAGCUGUAAAAGAAUUGCAUAGUACACUGAUACGCCUUUUAAAUGAAUUGCUGCCAUGGGAACCAAAGUUAAUGAAGGCUUUUCAGAGAAACAGGAGCCGCCUGAAGAAAGACUAUGAUGAUUUCCGAAGACAACCUGAUUAUGGUCAGUUCACUAGAGAACUGUGGACUUCUGAAGAAUGUGAAGGGAACCCUGAGAGAGAUCCUCCUACAGCAGAAAUCAGUAAGUCUGUAGAUGCAGCAGAACCUCUAGACAACCUGGAGAAAGAACACGUGGAUUCUGAUGAUAUGAAAUUAUCAGAAAUAGGCUAUCCUUUGGCCAGAAACAAGUUGUUGAAAAAAGAAUUGUCUUCUAAAGAUGUAGUGAAGACACUGCCUAAAGCCCUUAAACGACAGUCCAAACAAAGCAGUUAUCUGGAUGAUAGCACAAAGGAGCUUUCCCCAAGGAAGAAAGCAAAGCUAAGCACAACAUCAGUUGAGAACUUGGAAGAUGAUAUGCAGAUUGACUGUUUGAGUGAGUCAAAGCAUACAGAACUGCCAUUUUCAGAGUCAUUUGCCUCAAAGGAUUCAGUACCAGUGUCUACUCUCCAGAAAGGGACCAAACCUAUUCAGGCCUUGCUUGCAAAGAAUAUUGGGAACAAAGUGACCUUAACAAAUCAACUGCCCCCUUUCACAGGUAGAAGUGUUCCUGCUGUGGAAAAGCCAGCUCAGUCUCCUGCAGAAACAAGCCCUAUAAAGCCAGCAUCGAGCUGCCUCACCAGUACAAAAGGACCUUUACAGAUGGUUUACAAAAUGCCCUGUGGUCAGUGGCUGCCAGUAGACCUUCAUAGUAGUUCUGUCAAGAUUCAGAUGCAGCCUGUGGUGGAUUCUAAAACAGGAGAAAAGAUCAUGCAGCAAGUCCUUAUUCUGCCUAAGAAUUUUGUGAUUCAGCACAAAGAGGGAAAAGCAGUUGCAAAAGAGCUAGCAGCACCUCAGCAGAAGGGUGCAGAGCAGUGUUCCUUAGUGUCUGUUCCUGUCACCUCAGGAGGGACAGUUUCUACCCAACUGCUUAAUACAGUUUUCAGUAAGACAAUUGCUCCUUCAUCAAAUGUGAGUGCUAGAUCACAGCCCCUGUCACCUGUAACCUCUGUAAGUAAUACAUUAUCAUCACCCAUUAAGACUAGCCAUUGCGAAGCAGGGAAAGGCAAGAGUGCAGUUUCACCAGCCACAUUCCCCCAGCCUAUUACUUCACCCACCAUUUCCUCAACAGUUCAGCCUCUGUUACCAGCAACAACACUAAGUGAAUGCACAGAUCCUGGCAGUUCCCUCACCUGUUUCUCCCAGCAAACUGUUGAUUCCUCUGAGGCAAAGCAAGAACUCAAAACCGUAUGUAUCAGAGAUUCGCAGUCAAUUCUUGUUAGGACUCGAGGUGGGAACACUGGAGUUGUCAAAGUACAAACUAAUCCAGAACAAAAUUCACCCAGCAGUUUAUCUUCAAGUUCCCCUUUCACCUUCGCACCUCAACUUCAGGCAUUUCUGGUGCCAAAAUCGACACCGUCCCCUGCUUUUUCACAAGGAGCUGGAAUGACUGCUACAUCUACUCCCCCAUCUUUCAGCCAAACGCCUACUUGUGUUUCUAUUUCAUGUGGCUUUCAUCCAUCCAUGGGGAAAAAUCUCAAACCCGUGUUAGGCCAACCCUCCAGCAGUGGCUGUGUGGACCCCGUGACAGAAAACACCUCACACAAGCCCUCUUCACCCUUGAAACCCUCCAUUUCUCCCAGCUCGCUGCUACCAUCAACAACAAAUAGUUCAGUUAGUGUGAUUAGCAUAUCACCAGGGAAUUUCGGGCAAACCAAUACAAAUGUCAUUCACACAAAAGCGCAACAAGUAGAUUAUUUCACAAAAAGUUACCAAGUUACAAGAUCGGAAGCAAUAAAUGGAGAUGUUCUCAGUGAGACUCCUGUUCAGAAACUCAUGCUAGUGUCAAGUCCGUCGGCUCUUCCUUCCAGCACUGCGUCUUCAGUUAAUAUGGCACCAGCACCAACAUCUACGAGUGUUUCCACCCAAAAAGUCAUUUUUAUUAAUGCUCCAGUUCCUAGUGGCACUUCAGCCUCAGCUAUUGUUGCAGAAUCAUUAAAACAGACACUUCCUUCUCCCUUGAAUAAAACUUACGUUAAGACUCCAGAGCAACCCCAAAUAGUACUAAUUCCGUCUACAUUAGGAACACCAAUAAAAAUCAAUUCUUCACCAACCGUGUCUCAGAUUAAAGAUGUGAAAAUUGGGUUAAACAUAGGACAAGCAAUUAUUAACCCUCCAGGAAAUCUGCCAGCUAUAUCAUCAGUUAAUAUAUUGCAAAGUAUAAUGCCAAAAGGAGAAGACAAAAGUAGUAAGGGCUAUGUUUCACCCUUGUCAACAAGUGGUAACUCAGUCCUAGCAAGCUCAAGUAUUGUGAGUCCGAAUCUUCCUCCUGUUAAUGAGUCAGUGGUUUCUGCAGCAAGAGCUACAAACAUGUUUUCAGGAACAGGAGCAAAUGUACCUUUGAGUUCCCUUUCAGUGACCUCAUCCUCUGCUUCAGCUGGGACUCGACCUCCUGUUUUAGUCAGUGGAACUGAUACCUCUUCAAGAAUUAUGCCUGUUUUGUCAAAUAGACUUUGCACAUCAAAUCUUGGAAACACAGUAGCUAUAUCAACUGUGAAAACAGGACACCUUGCAUCAUCUGUUCUCAUUUCAACUACACAACCCACUGUGUCUCCUAAAUGUUUGACAUCAGCUUUGCAAAUCCCUGUUACUGUCACCCUACCUGCACCUGUGACUACAUCUCCAAAAAUAAUCAACACGGUUCCACCUUCAGCAACAGUACCAGGAGCCACACGCCCUGUAUCUCUUUCCAAAAGACAGUUUCAGUCCCCAGGGACUUCAACUACAGUGCCAACAAAUUCAAACACAAAUAAACCUCAAGCUGAAUUACCAUCUCUCUCACCAAGUCCAAGUAAAAUAAUUACUACUUCCAACAUUGCUUCUAUGCCAAACCAGCUUAUGUCCCCUUCGUUAGUAAAAACAGCUUCUGGUAAUUCUGCUGCAGGUGGCUCUACCAUUCACACUUGUACACCACCAUUAAAUAUAACUAGUCUGGCAGGUGCCUCCUUUAGUGAACCUUGUAUUCAGCAAAAAAUAGUUAUCAAUACCAGUACACCUUUGGCACCAGGUACUCAAAUCAUGAUGAAUGGAGCCCGGUUUAUUGUUCCACCACAGGGUCUUGGAGCAGGGAGCCAUGUCCUCCUUAUCUCUACUAAUCCAAAAUAUGGGCCUCCCUUAGUUCUUAACAAUCCCCAAGGUAUACCGACGACACCAGUAGAUAAUCCUGUCCAGAAGAUCAUACAGACAUCAAAUCAUUCUCUAAGUGGCCCGCCUUUAAAGCAUUCUGUGAGAAACUCUACAAAGAUUGUAAACUGUCUUGGAAAUCCAAGUUCUUUCCCUGCAGUACAUUCAACACCACAGAUGGUAAACACACCUGCUAAAGUUUAUGUCCCACCUGCACCAACGGUGCCAUUGACUUCAGUGAUUAGGUCCUCUCCAGCUACUCUUUUGGCAAAGACAUCUUUGGUUUCUGCCAUUUCCUCCAAUAAUCCUCCACUGCCAAGUAGCACAUCGGUAUUUCAUUUGGAUACCUCUGUCAAAAAGUUACUGGUUAGCCCAGAAGGAGCCAUUUUAAAUACCAUAAAUACUCCAGCAUCUAAAGUAUCUUCAAUGUCUUCAUCUCUUCCUCAAGUUGUUGUAUCUGCUAGUCAAAAUCCUGCCUCUGUCUUCCCUGCUUUUCAGUCAUCUGGUUCAGAGAAACCUGACAAAGCUGCAUCUUGAAUUUAGACUAAAUGAGCCAGUUUUUAAAUAAUGGGGCAUUGUUUUAACUCCCAUAAAAAUUUAACUGUUUAUUAUUCUGUUGAAAACAUGCUGUUCAUACGUGUGUGUGUGUGUGU